AUGGCAGCUACAUCAAAAGCUCAAUGUGCAAAAUGUGAGAAAAAUUCUGGUAUACUCACAUGCGAUGGCUGUUUAGUAAAGUUUUGUCGACGAUGUUUCAAUGAUCAUCGUCAAGAUUUGUCAAAAGAACUCGACAAUGUUGUUUACGAACACGAUAUGGUGAAACAGCAGCUCGAAACACCAAAUGAAAAUGACUGUCAUAAUCUCUUCAAGCAAAUUGAUAAAUGGAAGAAAGACUCUAUCGAUAAAAUUAAUCAACUCGCUGAUCAAUGUCGGACUGACGUUGUGAAAUUGCUAGAUAAAAACAAGGACCGGCUUAUGGAUAGAUUUCUCAAAAUAACGAAUAGAGUUCGUAAAGGUACAGACGAUGAAGAUUAUGAUGAACGAGAUCUCAGCAAAUGGAUAAAUGACUUAAAAGAAUUAAAAGAUGAACUUAUCGAAUCAUCGAACUUCCGCGUCGAAGAGGAUAAACAACAAUCUUCUUGGAUUCAGAAGAUCACAGUACAUGAAGAUUUCCGCGACCAACUAAAAGCAAAAGAUGGUAACUUAUGA